GAUUUCUGGCCAGUGGACAUACGCGACCGUGGAGACAGUGUCUCGCACCCAUUCUGCGAUAUUCAUCGUACCGCGAGAGUUACGUACUCCUGCGUUUCAAGAUUCCGCACGAACAGCUAACAGUGGAUACGGUGUUAAAUGAAUCCUGCUGAACUAAAUCAGUACCAACCAGUAGCCACUUUCGAGAAGCUGGAAAGCACACACACGUACAGAAUGGAAAAGGGUAGUGCCUCUCGCCAGUUUAUGGCUGGCAUCAUCGUGAACUUGGCCUCCGUGAUGGUCGGAACCGCGCUCGGUUGGACGUCACCCGUCGGGCCCAAACUAGCCUCGAAAAUCACCUCACCACUUGACACCAUCCCGACGGUGUCAGAAAACUCCUGGAUCGCGUCUCUAGUGGCGGUCGGUGCACUAAUUGCUCCCUUUAUCGCUGGUCCACUCGCGGAACGGUUUGGACGUAAGCUCACCCUUCUCGGUAGCUCGGCCUUCUUCAUCGUGUCCUUUAUACUGCUGCUGACGACGGGAACCGUCACUCAGGUGAUGGUGGCUCGCUUAAUCCAGGGUCUGGGUGUAGGUUUCGUGAUGACCGUGCAGACCAUGUACAUUGGUGAGAUCGCCAGUGCCGAGUACCGAGGCGCCCUAGGAUCCCUCAUGCAGCUGUGCAUCGUGACCGGCAUCUUGUACGUGUACAGCAUCGGACCGUAUGUGUCGUACGGGGCGCUCCAGUGGGCUUGCCUGGUAAUUCCAAUCGCGUUCGCGGGAUCAUUCUUCUUCAUGCCCGAGACACCGGCGUACUACAUCGCUAAAGGUGAAAAAGAAAAGGCAGUUGAGUCGUUGUGCUUCCUGCGCAAUAAAACCGUCGACGGUGUUCAGGAAGAGCUACACGAGAUCUCGACCACUGUCGAGGAUUCGCUCAAGAAUAAGGGCACCGUGCUGGAUCUGUUCCGAAACGGUGGCAACGUGAAGGCGCUGACGAUCUGUGCCGGAUUGAUCAUCUUUCAGCAGCUGUCCGGCAUCAACGUGAUCCUGUUCUACACGCAGAACAUCUUCGCCAGCACCGGCAGCAGUCUGGCACCGGCCGUAUCGACCAUUCUCGUUGGUGCGGUGCAGGUGUUGGCAAGUGGCGCUACACCCCUCAUUGUCGAUCGUCUCGGACGUAAGCCAAUUCUGCUGACGUCUGCUGGUGGUAUGUGCAUAUCACACAUCACUAUGGGGUUGUACUUUUACCUCAAGUACAGCAACUCUCCCUCACUCGGUAGCCUCGGCUGGCUGCCGAUUAUGUCACUGAUCUGCUUCGUGACGGUGUACUGCAUUGGGUUUGGUCCUUUACCGUGGGCCGUAUUGGGCGAAAUGUUCCCGGCUAAUGUGAAGUCGAUCGCGUCCUCGAUUGUCGCCUCCACCUGUUGGGUGCUUGGUUUUAUCAUACUGCAGUUCUUCGCCGAUCUCGACAAUGCUGUCGGUUCGCAUUGGUCGUUCUGGAUAUUUGGCAUCCUGUGUGGGGUGGCGUUCAUUUUCACGUUCACCACGGUCAUGGAAACUAAGGGAUUAAGUUUGCAGGAGAUCCAGGAUCGACUGAAUGGAAAGAUUUAAUUGGCACCACGUGAGUCUUAUAGCUUCUUUACGCUACAAGGGGAGCGAGAGAGAGAUAGAGAGAGUAAGCGAGCGAGAGAGUACUAGAAAGAUAAUGUGUUUGGGUGAAUAUUUCCUCUUGUUAGAUUUUUUGUUUAGUUAUUGGUGUUUUGUGCGGUUAGUCAGAGCAGGAUACUUGCACAAGCGCCAAAGUGAUACGUGUGGUAGCGAUGGUUUGAAAAUGUUGUAUGUAUUGUGUUACUUUACUUUGAAUAAAAGUAUAUAUUGUUGUUGUGAAGCCAA